CCGUUGUCGAGCGAGCAAGCGAGCGAGAGCAAUGGCAAUGGCGUCGUUGCUCCGUAGGCUCUCUUCCUCCUCUGCGAAGACGCAGCCUUUCCUGCGGAGCUCUCUCUACUACAUGGUCCCUUCUCCAGCCAAUCCUUCCAAAAUCUGCAUUAUCUGGCCGAAGCAGCUGAACGCUCCGUUGGAGGUCGUCGAUCCGGAGAUUGCGGAUAUCGUCGAGCUUGAAAAGGCGAGGCAAUGGAAGGGACUCGAGCUUAUACCUUCGGAGAAUUUCACGUCGUUGUCGGUGAUGCAAGCAGUAGGCUCCAUCAUGUCUUUAAAAAACAGCGAGGGGUGCCCUGGUGCAAGAUACUACGGAGGAAACGAAUAUAUGGACAUGGCAGAAUCAUUGUGUCAAAAGCGUGCGCUUGAAGCUUUUCGUUUGGAUCCUGCAAAAUGGGGAGUAAAUGUGCAGUCUUUGUCUGGGUCACUUGCUAAUUUUCAAGUAUAUACUGCACUCUUGAAGCCACAUGAGAGAAUAAUGGCACUUGAUCUGCCUCAUGGUGGACAUCUUUCUCAUGGUUACCAGACUGAUACCAAGAAAAUAUCUGCGGUCUCCAUAUUUUUUGAGACAAUGCCUUAUAGGCUGAAUGAGAGUACUGGAUACAUUGAUUAUGAUCAGCUGGAGAAAAGCGCUACACUCUUCAGGCCAAAAUUAAUAGUUGCUGGAGCUAGUGCAUAUGCUCGUCUUUAUGACUAUGCACGAAUUCGGAAGGUAUGUGACAAGCACAAAGCUAUCCUUCUGGCAGAUAUGGCACACACUAGUGGACUUGUUUCCGCUGGUGUUAUUCCAUCUCCAUUUGAGUAUGCGGAUGUUGUCACAACUACAACUCACAAGUCGCUUCGUGGACCACAUGGAGCCAUGAUAUUUUUCAGGAAAGGAGUGAAACAGAUCAAUAAACAAGGGAAAGAAGUUAUGUAUGACUUUGAAGAGAAGAUCAAUGCAGCAGUCUUCCCUGGACUUCAAGGUGGUCCUCACAACCACAUAAUCACUGGAUUAGCUGUUGCGCUAAAGCAGGCCACCACCCCAGAAUACAAGGCAUAUCAAGAGCAAGUACUAAGUAAUUGUGCAAAAUUUGCUCAGUGCUUGGUCGAGAAAGGCUAUGAGCUUGUUUCCGGUGGAACAGAGAACCAUUUAGUCUUGGUGAAUCUUAAGAACAAGGGAAUCGAUGGGUCUAGAGUUGAAAAGGUGCUGGAAUUAGUUCACAUUGCAGCUAACAAAAAUACAGUACCUGGUGAUGUAUCUGCCAUGGUUCCUGGAGGCAUCAGAAUGGGAACCCCGGCCCUCACAUCAAGAGGAUUUGUUGAAGAAGAUUUCGCUAAAGUUGCCGACUUUUUUGACACUGCUGUCAAAUUGGCACUGAAGAUCAAGUCUGAAACCAAAGGAUCCAAGCUGAAGGAUUUCCUAGCCACCAUUCAAACAAAUGCAAAUAUUCAAUCUGAGAUUGCAAAGCUCCGCCAUGAGGUGGAGGAAUACGCAAAGCAAUUCCCAACAAUUGGAUUUGACAAGGAAACAAUGAAACAUAGAAACUGAAGAUGAAGC